CUCUCAAAGUGCUGGGAUUACAGGUGAUAUGGAAGAUGGGGACGAAUAUGAUGACCCUUUUGCUGGGCCUCCAGACACUAUUUCAUUAGCUUCAGAACGAUAUGAUAAAGAUGAUGAAGCCCCCUCUGAUGGAGCCCAGUUUCCUCCAAUUGCAGCACAGGACCUUCCUUUUGUUCUAAAGGCUGGCUACCUUGAAAAACGCAGAAAAGAUCACAGCUUUCUGGGAUUUGAAUGGCAGAAACGGUGGUGUGCUCUCAGUAAAACAGUAUUCUAUUAUUAUGGAAGUGAUAAAGACAAACAACAGAAAGGUGAAUUUGCAAUAGAUGGCUACAGUGUCAGAAUGAAUAACACUCUAAGAAAGGAUGGGAAGAAAGAUUGCUGUUUUGAAAUCUCUGCUCCUGAUAAACGUAUAUAUCAGUUUACAGCCACUUCUCCCAAGGAUGCUGAGGAAUGGGUACAGCAGCUGAAAUUUGUAUUGCAAGAUAUGGAGUCUGAUAUUAUUCCUGAGGAUUAUGAUGAGAGAGGAGAAUUAUAUGAUGAUGUUGAUCAUCCUCUACCAAUAAACAAUCCACUAACAAGCAGUCAACCAAUAGAUGAUGAAAUUUAUGAAGAACUUCCAGAAGAAGAAGAAGACAGCAGCGCUCCUGUGAAAGUGGAAGAACAAGGGAAGAUAAGUCAGGACAGCGUUCAUCACACCUCAGGGGAUAAGAGCACUGAUUAUGCUAAUUUUUACCAGGGUUUGUGGGAUUGUACUGGAGCUUUUUCUGAUGAGUUGUCAUUUAAGCGUGGUGAUGUGAUUUACAUUCUUAGCAAGGAAUACAAUAGAUAUGGCUGGUGGGUAGGAGAAAUGAAGGGAGUCAUUGGCUUGGUGCCUAAAGCCUACAUAAUGGAGAUGUAUGAUAUUUGAGAGUCCUGGGCAUACAACAAAUGCUUGUUGACCACUGAUGAUGCCACCAUUUCUAUAAAAUAAUCUGAAGCAUGUGAAAAGAAUCAUCCAAUAACUGACAAUUGGAAACUGAUUUUGGCUGAUUUAGUCAGUAAAGCAUACCAAAUGAUCAUAUCAGAUCCAAAGCAGCUGAUCUACAAUGGAGACCAAACUUUUAUGCAGGAACACUUGACCUUCCAGUCCAGAUGAAAAUAGGGAGUCAAUCAAAGCAGCAGAGUCCAGAGAGGACACCAGGCCAAAGUGACCCUUCCAAGGACCUUUUCCUAUCCUCUCUACCUCCUUCACUGUGAAGCCCACUAAACUGACCAGCCAGGGGAACCUUGAAGAGGACUGUAAAUCCAGCUGCUUCUGUCUCAAAUAGUUGUUUUUUCGGGGAUGGUUUUAAAUGAUAGGUUUUAAAAAAUGGUUUAAAGGAUUAUUAACAGACUGUACAGUCAAUAAACUUCAUUGUCAAACGUGUAUAAUUUUGUGACUGAGUGAUGGCAAUGUCUGACAUGACUUACUUGUUGAGAUAUGAAUUUGUUUAAGAAGAAAUUUUUAAUUGGAAUAUCUGAUACAUAAGUACAAGGUCUUAUUCCUUGGACACUCAAGUAAUACCUUGUACUGGGCCUCAUAAAGACUUUUAUUGUGUUUUUUGAAGACUUUUUAAACAUUUUUGUACUUCAGUGAUUGGAGGCCGUCUCCUCCUCCUCCUCCAGUACCCUAUAGUACUGUCUUACAGCCCAAGAGAAAGGGGUGUGCCAAAGUUCCAUUUGCAAGGGGUAUUUCAUUCUGUAGAGUUCUUUGAAAUGUUUCCAUGCCUACUACUCAGAACAUCAUACUUCUGAAGGACAAGGAGAGAAUAACUGCACUGUCCUAAUCUCCAGCUGCUCACCAAGUAGAUCUCAGUGGUGUAAAAUAACCUGUCCCAUCUGGGGUACGCUACUAACUCCUAAGUCAAGCACUGGUGGUCUGUAAAGUCUCUAUGCUCCCUGCUUUCAUCUCCUUGCGCCACUUUCCUCCUCCUCGCCCCCCCUUCCCCUCCUCCCCCUCCCUCCUCCUCCUCCUCCAGGUUUUCCAAGGAUCCUGAGUCAUAUGAGUCAUAAGCUGUUAGGAUUCUUAUCGCUCUACAGAGUUCAUAAUGUCAGGUGUGCCCUCUGCUUUCUGGGAACCCAGCAAAAACAAGGUGUGUAACUGUGUUUAUCCUGUUAUAAGCAUCCUGAAUUGAAAACUGAAAUGGAACAAUCUUGUGAGUGUGUGUUAUCUCUCUGUUGCUUUGCUCCAGUUGGUCAGCAUAUUUGCUUUAUUCUUUAUUAUUAUCUCAGGGCUUGCUAUUUUUCUUCCUCUCUAAUUAAGUGAUUCCAUUUUGAAUAAAUUACAUUUAAGUGCCAUCCUGUGCAAGGGAUAUUUCAAACAGAAUUUGACAUAGUCUUCCCCAAGUAGAUUCAUGGUCUAAAUAAGACAGACAGGAUGUAAACACAGGGAAGGAUAAGGACAGCCCCACAUAACCUUACCUUGGUACAGUUAUUAGCAGGUUAAGCCACUAGCAGUGUCCUAAGACAUAAAAGGUUCUCUGAUUUUGUAACAUCUGAACCUUAGGGAUUAACUAGGAAACAAACUGGGAAUCUUUUCUCGUGUAUAUAUUUUUAAAAUAAACAGGGAGGGAAUGCAGUUUCAGUACAGUUUCAGUACUGUUUCAGAUGAGAUAUUUAUUUUUUGUAAAAAUUCCAAAAUGCUUGUAGCUAUUGAAUUAAGUGUGAGGGGAAGCAAAGAGCUGUGUAUAUGAAUAAUGUGAACAUCUUUUACAGAGUUGCUACCAGUUACGGUAACAUAACUCUGGAAGCUGAGAGUGACCUCUACCCCUUUAGGAAUAAGGACUCUUUUCCUUAAGUGGGGACAGAGUUGUAACCAGCAGUAUUCUCCUGAAGGUGAGCGGAAGUAAGAACAUUGGAACUGGAGUCAACCAAAAUUCUAGUUUCACUCUCUAGUGCCUUGUGCCCUAGAGCAGGUUUCCUUGCCUGCAGAAUACCAGUGGUGCCUGUUCUCCCUGCUUCACAGGAUUGUUGUUAGGCUCAAGUGAAAUUAUGUUUAGAAGUGACCCAGGAUAUCAACAAUAGUGUCAAACAUGGCUUUCCUGCAUUUAAAGAUAUGACAACUGAAAUGAAACAAUGAUCGAAUAAUUUCUCCACACCAAAAGCAAGCAAGGGAAAAAAAUUUUAACACUCAGCAUUGGCUGUAAUACUACUUGAAAUCAUAUUAAAUCUGGAUAUUAUUAUUUUAUAACGAAAAUUGACCUAUUAUCCUAGAGGAGUUUGGGAUUCGAUUCUUCUUUAAUUUUCAAUGCAUUUUAAACUAAGUCACUGGCUUCCAAGCUAUGGUCGAUUUCUGUUAAUGGUAAUUUUAAUCACAGAGAUGUUACUUCUGUCUAUAAAGUUUCUAAAUGAACUUUUCUCACCAUAUUUAAAACCACCAAUCUGCUUUAGGUAUAUGUUGUUUGUAGCUGGUUAGAUUUAGCAGAGAAUUAAUUUUUUUUAACUGAAAUCCUAAGGAAAAUUUUUGUACUGAUUUCCUUUGCCCAUUAUCUAAUUCUUUUAUUAACUGUUUCUUCCAGAUGGGUAUCUAUGAAUGUCUGAGUGUGAAUACACACUUUCUAGUUAAACAUUUUAUUCAGAUGCAUAUCUAAGAGUGACACAAUUUUAUUUUCUCUAAUUAGCCUUGUAAGAUAGCACUAAUCUUGGUUUGUAGUUUGUGAAAAUAUGGGGCUAGAAAUAAGGGCAAACCAGAACCUCAUUACAAGUAACCCUAAUGCUUUAAUGUUAUAACUUUAGGCAAAGCUAAUAAAAGAUGCAAAGGACUCUUAAAUAAUUUAAAUUAUCUAAAAAAUUGAGCAUAUUCCUUCAAAUAAUAAUGGCUUUCAUGAUCUGAUUUUUUAAAAAUUCAUUUCUCAUGUCUUGAAUUACUCAGAAGAUAUCAAAGUAAGUUUCAGUUUAUUUAAGAUUAUUAAAUAUAUUUAUUAUCAUGCAGAGACACUGAAGAUUCCCUUUUCUAGCAUAGCAAUUGUAAUCUUUAGUGUGAUGUGGUACAUAAUUCUGAUAACAUAUCUGAUGUCAUGAUUGUAAAGUUAAUUCAUAGCACUUCUCUUUAAAAUGGUACUUUGUGAUGUGAUUCCUUGAUUAUUUUGAACCAUUAAUCAAUUCUAUCAGCUUGAAAAAUAGAUAUAUUGUGUACCUGUUAUUACUGCUUUCUGAAAUCAAAGCUUCUCUUAUUAUCUUAACCUUACCAAUUUAAACUAGGAAACUAUUACUUUUAUAAUGUAUUUAUAUUAUCAUUACAUAAUCUUUGAUAAAGGAAAACAGUGAAUCUAUCCUAAAUUGUGGCAACUGUGUUAAAGAUAAGUCUGUUUUCUAAACUUUUCCUAAAUGAUUAUAGUAGAGAAUUUCAAUUUAUAAGCAUACCAUCCUUUGCUCCUCCUAAAGCUGUGGUUUAUAGCAAUGAAUACUCUAUAUUGAUUACUGUUUAAUUCUAAUGGACACACUGAGGCUGGAAACACAGCUUAGCAUUUAGUGCCUUAAUUUUUAAAGUUUUAAAAUUUUAAAAAUUGACAUAAUUGCCUGAGUGUUCUAUUAUUGGACCCAUUUCAUGCUAUAAGAUUAUUCUCAUUUCACAUCUUUCCUAAAGAUUAUUUUGUUCACAAUGUAUUUUUUCUGACACUUCAUUGCUAUUUUUGCAUAACUGAAAAUCUGUCAUUUUCAUUUUAGCUCAGUUUGGAAACAUGAAAACCAUAUCAAAGCAAUAUAUUAAGAUUAGUUAGAAACACACAGAGAAAUGAAAGUGAGCCAUGUAGAUAUUUUAAAUUUAGUCAAAUUAUUCAAGUGUGCAAUUUUAAUCCAUUAAUCUGGUUUGAGGCUGCUUAAGAGAAAUAUUUCUCCUGAAUUUUUUCUCUUAAGCAAAAAGAGCAUGUUGAGAAGAGAAGCAUCUCAUCUAAAACAAUUACCAUGGGGUUUUUUGUUUUUUGAAGCAAAAGAUAAAGCAAGAGCCGACCUAAUAUUCUGCCAUAAUUUAUUCUUAGUUAAAAACAGAUUACCAUUUACACACUAGGUAUUAAAAGCUAGUUAUAGUGAUUAAAGGUUGUCUUUCUAAUGCUGUGUAUUAAGAUAUCCAAUACAAAAUUUAUUUUCAAGCUAU